AUGGAGAGCAAUAACGAAAGCAGCGAGACUUGGGAAGUUCCCAUCAUGCUCAGCCCGGACUACGAGGAGAUUGCUAGGAUCAAUCCGUUCUACGACAAAAUCAUGGAUAUGUGGAACAGAUCCGCUCAGGCCGCAACUGAAAUGAUCCUCUCCUCAGAAGGCUCCCCAAGUCUCUCCUCUCCGUCGUCACAGUCGACACAUUCCGGAACCGAAAAGUCCUGUGUUCAUCGAGAAGCAUCUGCAUCUCUGCUGAGAGAAUGCCAGUGCUAUGCUGACCAUCACGUCCCUAAGCAGCCAUGCACCUUGCUCCAGAACGGAAGAGAGCAUAAGCCUUUGUAUCAGACCCAAGACGGGCUUCGAACUGGACAAACUGCUCUUAUCGAGAAUGGUGAUAGUUUCAGAAACGUGCUCCCCCGUUCUGUCCACCCCGUUGAGCACUAUCCGCAUGAUCAGGUAGAUGCGUCCUGUGUGGAACCUGCCCUCAUGCCAACAAAGACCACGCACAAGAAGCUCUUCGGUGAGAACGGCUGGCUAGGAUGCACUGCCGACAUGAAGGAUUUGUCGAGGGACACUCACAAAUUCAGAGGCUUGAGAGGUCUUGGCAGGAAGGUUAUCAAGCAAGUGGAAGAACUCGCCGAGGAUGUGGCCAGGGCUCACCCAAACCCCAUUAUCCAUGCCACUCUUCGCCCUAGACUUGUCCCCGAAUCGACCAUUCCCAUCUCGCUAGAUCCCCCAACACAGGCCAAACUAUACUCAGAAAUGGAGGUCAUGCUCUGCGUCAGCGCCAAUAAGUUCCUUCUCGGACAAUACAAUGAGGGCCGUCUGUCUGAAGAAUCGAUUCGCAAGGUCACCAACUAUUGGGGAUCCAAAAACCGGCCUCAGGUCAUUGAGUUCCAGUUCGACCAGGCCACCCAGCGCCGGCUGAUUCUGGCAAACAUCCGGACUUUGCGAUUCAGCGGCGAGUGUUCAUCCAACCUAGUUCUCCUUAAGUCGAACCUGAAUAACUGGAAGGCACUGAGCAAGGAGAUGGGCGUUCGCACGUUCUGUUUCCCCGAUAGCGCGGUUCGCAAGCACAUGCAUGACAUCCAUAAGCUGCUGGACAUGCUGGACGCGCCUCUUACCACCUAUCUCACGUUCGAAGAGCUUCAGAUGAGCAUACUUUCCUUGAUGAAGUCCCAUCUUGAGAAGCUUUGCCAAGUUGAUGGUAGCCAUGAGAAGUCGCAUCUGCCCAGUCGAAAGUACGAUGGACAUCAUUUUUAAGGCGCAUUGAGCGACUUGGUGUCUCUCAU